AUGAAAAAGGCUAAUAGACUGGUGGUGGUGUNAAAAUCUACAAGCAAGCCAAUCCCAACUCAAGAAGAUAAAGAAAACUUUAAACGAAGUCUCAGCAGCUGUUCCUCUAUGUUGUUCCAUGCACAGACUGGAUUACCAAUGCAGUCCAGUCCUGCUCCACAGAAGAGACGAACAUUUAGCAGUUUUGAUUUUGACUACUCCCUCACAAAUAUAAAGGCAAUCAAAAGUGCCUUGUCCAUGUCAACACUGAGCAGCUCUGGGGAGGAGGGGAAAGAGCUAUCUGACCAAGAGAAGAGAAUACUCAGCACAAGUGCACCUGCCUCAACCAACAGUAACAGUUUACUGGGAAACUUUGAGGAAUCUCUACUAAAUGGUCGCAUCAUGCCAGCAGGGACAGUUGCAGGCUUCACUGCCGAAAUUGGUGCCAGCGGUUCCUUCUGCCCAAAACACAUCUCCCUGCCUGUGACAGCUUUCUUCUUCAACAACCUGUCUGAUGACAAUGCACCAUCACCUUACCUGGGUCAUGUUAACCUAGAGAGUGCUAACCUUAAGAGGGGAUACCAUGUGCCAAAGAAGGGGACUGUUCAAGUGACUUUGUUCAAUCCCAACAAGACAGUGGUGAAGAUGUUUGUGGUGAUGUAUGACCUGAGUGACAUGCCCCCCAACUGCCAAACCUUCAUACGCCAGAGAACACUCUACAUGCCAGUGUCUGGGUCAGCAGAGGACCAGUGCUUCCUCAGAUACCUGAUCCAUCUCAGGUUUGCCUCUUCCAAGUCCGGGAAGGUGUAUCUUCACACAGACAUCAGACUGAUCUUUGCCAGAGACAAGUUUGAAUUUGAUCCCAGGGUGGCCAGUUAUGAACUGAGAUCUUUCACUGAAGUGCCCUCUAACCCAACAUACUCUCCCAAGAGAUGAUGACACCUCCUUUUAGACAUUUACAACAAAUAUUUGAUUGAUAAAUUAUUUAAAAAAUCCCAGCAGAAAAAAACAACAUCUCAUGCUUGGUAUAUUUUGGAAAGAAGACAAUUACAACUCUGACCAGAACAUUCUUACACAUGCGACAUGUAAUAUAAUGUAUAUUUUUGGAAAAGAACAAGUGCUUUUCAGUCCAUACUGUGUAGAAAAUUCAUGUGGAGUAACACUGGGGAUAUAAACAGAAGUUACAAUACCACACUUGGGGAAAGCACUUAGCAACAACUGUUUUAAGUGCAACAGUCUAAAGAAGGAUAUGUCUUCUUCUUGUUCAAGGAAAACCACGAAGUUAUAUCCAAAAAAACUGUAUAGUCUGUGACAAAAUUGUUGAGCCCAUAAACAAAAUAUAUGUUAUGGAAAUGAAACUUAGCAACAACUUUAUUAAGUGCAGUAGUCUUUGGAUUAAUAUGUCCUCUGAGGUAGAGAAAAACCAUCGAGUUGUGUCAACAAAAUGUAUAUUACAUGUGACAAAACGUGGUUAUGUGAAGGCCAUUGAGGCAGAAUUUCUCAAAGCCAGCAACUGGAGAUUAUUGUUGGGCCUAUUUAAACUUGAAAUUCAACAGUGCCCAGGAUGUUCGUGGUUAUUAAUGAAGUUGUGUUAGGUUUAAGGUUUGAUAAAGGCAUGUGUCUACAGAGACUAAUUAAUUUAUUAAAUAUGAUGCACUGGUGAAGGGGAGAGUUUGAUGUUGUCACUUUGGGAAAGGUUUUACUGCAUUUCUGCCGUGAAAAUCUUACUGGUGGUUUGUGUGGUGUUUUAAUUUCUGCCUUCUAAUCUUGUACCUUGGGCGUUUUAUCAGAAUUGCUUCAACUUAGUAACUUAAAACAGGAAUGUGCUUCCUGUCAUGUGCAUGUAAUAUCACUCAUACCUGCAUUUUCAUUCUUGUAUUGAACUUCAUGUUCAGGGAUAGAUUUGUAUCUAUUGUUAAUCUUAUUUCAUACAACCCUUUUAACGAGUUCAUAUAUCAUCUUCCAUCAUGGGUUUUUCUUUUCCAUAUUUAUUUUGUUUGUAGUGGAAUUCACUAUGGUUUGGGUAUUAGUUAAAAGUUGGGACGAAUGCUCACUAAGAGUGAACAGCUAGAAUUUCGUAUGGUGUGGUUUGUAUGCAAGACGUUGAUUUGAUUAUUGGAAAUUAAUUUUGCUUCUAGAGAAUGGGUUUGGUGAGGCGAUUUUUGUGACUGUUAAAUGUAAAGGGUUAAGUCGUUUGAACUGCUGUAAUUCUGAUAUUGAUUUAAAAGAAAGAAUCAUAACCAAGUCUGUUGGAAAGAUGGUUUGUGAAAAUAUAUUAGGGAAGAACUGACGUGCUUUUAGUGUUUCUGAAGUUGUUUUCAAACAAGCGUGUUAUAUGAUCACCUAAUGAUGGUAGUGACAUUUAAAAGGAAUUAACAUUUGUAUGAACUGAAUCAUCACCUGGUGCUCUAAAAUUACCAAUAUAUAAAUCAAUUACUGUCGUGAUUCUUCUGAGGUUUUUGCCUUUUCGGUUAAACGGUGGCAACGUGAUAGUUGGCUCAAAAAGUUUGGCGUGUAGAAGAUGAUCUUUUAAUUUAUUAUUCUUCAACUUAAGAAUCGCUGUAUCUUAAAUUAUUUAUUAUUACUCUCUCAAUAUAGUAAAAUCCAUUAUAUAGUGAGAAUAAAAUUACUGGUAUAAACUGAAAA